AUGGAGUUGAAGAAGACUGUGAUUUUGAAUCAGAUAUCCAAGUACAGAACUUUCGAUAUAUUAGGUCCAUUCGAAAAAAGAAUUACUGCUAUAGCAUGGCAUCCGGUGUAUUCUCAGUUUGCAGUAUCUGGUUCUAACAGAGGUGAAUUAUCACUUUACAAUAUAAACAGAUCUACCUCAGAAAUUUCUCCUUCAAUUAAUAUCAAAGGCUCAGUUUUAGGAUUGAAAUUCAGUUCUAAUGAUCCUUCUGUUGUGUUUGUUGCAUCGUUUUCUGGUGGUUUACGACAGCAAGACUUCAGUGGCCAAACUACAACAAUUUUUACCAAAGUUAAAUGGGGCUGGUUUAAUUCCCUUGAUGUGUCAUAUCGUAAAACACUCAUAUUAGCUGGUGAUUCUAGUGGUCGUGGUCACUUGCUUACUACACAAGGCUUUAAAAUUUGGCGUUCAAAAGAUUAUAUGCAUCAUGGAAGUAUUACUCAUGUUGAAUUUAAUACCAGAGAUGAAAAUGUGUUUGCAACUGCUUCUGAUGACAAAUUUGUUAAAUUGUGGGAUAUGCGUAUGGUUGCGAAUAUUGGAACCAAGUUAAAACCUGUUCAUGUAUUUCCUCAUUUGGAACCUGUAAAUUCUGCUUGCUUCAGUCCAUCAAAUGGCCUAUCACUUUUAACAACUGAUCAGCAUAGUCAACUUCAUAUAUAUUCCGGGCCUUGCUGGCAAGAACAUCUUAUAAUACAGCAUCCUCAUCGUCAGUAUGAACAUUUGACUCCUGUAAAAGCAGCGUGGCAUCCCAUUGAAGAUAUAAUUAUCGUUGGACGAUACCCAGAUGAGAACUUUUUAUCUGCGGAUAGAAGAACUAUUGAUUUUUAUGAUGGUAAUUCUGGUGAACUGUUAUAUAGGAAGAAUUCGCCAACUGAAAAUAUUAUAUCAUUGAAUGCUUUUAAUAUAACAGGAGAAUGUUUGGCAUUAGGAUCAAGCUGUAAUGUGGUAUUCAUGAAAGAUGAGAAUACGAUAAAGGGAUCAAGUGCUGUGCAUAAACAAGAUAGUCAACUUUUAGCUACAAAAUGAAUACAGACACAUAGAAAAGCACCAAAAUGUUUUGGGGCAAACGAUCAAACAAUGGCAAUGCUAUUUUUGAAAUAUUUAUUUUAAUACUGCAUUUUAUCUUGCUGCCAAAUGAUCUAAUAAAAAAUUGAAAUACUCAGGGUAAUUCCACAAAAGAUUGAGUACAUUCUAGUAUUUGGAUGUGACUAUGUAUGUUAUUAUUACAGUUUUCUUCAUUCCUUGAAAUCAGUAUAUUUAGCAUUUCGGUGGGAUGUGCAGCUUUUGUCUUCAUUUUCUUUAAUGAGCUUGAUGUGUUUGCUUGUGUUGUUAUGUAGUGUACUUUUAAUUCAUGUAUUUAUCAAAAGUACAAAUGUAAUUUUACAUAAGUAUUUAUUGGUUUGGUGCUGUUGAUCUUCUCAGGGAGAUUUUUAUGUUUGUAUCUUAAUGCUCUGUAACUUGUUGAUUGUAGUUAGGCUACUCAGGAAUAUUUUUAUCUUUUCAAAUUAUUUGCUUGUUGACUACCUGACUACCUUUAUACUUUCAUUGUUUAUUUUGUACAGCAUUACAUAUUUGCAAAGUAUUGUAUCAGUGUUGCUUGUUGAUUUAUUGAACAGUCUUAUAAAUGAAUAUAUUAAUUUCAUUUUAAAACUUAAAUAUGGCUUACUGUUAUGAUUAUGGCAUUAUACUUUUAUGAUAGGAUAGUCCAUUCUGGGAUUUUUAAGCACAUUAAACACGUAUUGUUUUAUUAUGUUAAUUUUAAAAAAUAAUUAAGAAAAAAAUAAAAGCACACUUAAAUCCUCUAGUCAGUUGCAUCUAGUAAAAAGACCAUCAAACUGAAUUUUAACAAAUACUUUACAAAUGAACUCUCAUUAAUGGACACUCAUUUUAGGGAACACUUCUCAUUACCUUCAAGUUCCUGAAUCCUUGGGCCUGAAAUAAGAGACAGUGUACUCAAUAGAUAAAAGACCUUGGUCUUAUGAGUAUCUGAUAAAUGGAUGUUUAACUGUAUAUGUAGUCAAAUGUCAUUUAGUGAUCGCCCUUUAGAAAUAAGAGACAGUGUACUCAAUAGAUAAAAGACCUUGGUCUUAUGAGUAUCUGAUAAAGGGAUGUUUAACUGUAUAUGUAGUCAAAUGUCAUUUAGUGAUCGCCCUUUAGAAUCAAGGGGAAUAAAAAGGACCUAUUGUUAAGAAUUACAUGUUAUUUGGAAUUGUAAGAAAAUGCCUCUUUGAAUACAGGUGACAAAAAUAUUAAAAUAAAUAAAUUAUGAAUAAACAUUUUCAGCAAGUAUUAAAAUAUGUUUUGGCAUUUGUAUGAAGAAAUAAAAUAACAUAUAUGUCAUGUUACUGGAAAAGAAAAAAAAAAAAUUGGAAUUGAUGUUUAUUAUUUAUGAAAUAACUGAUGGUAAUUUGUUUUCAAUUUAAUUUUUUAAUAAUACAUAUUUUUUAAUGAUUUCCAAACUCUCCAAAACAUCCUUUUUGAUUGUCGCGUUUUUAGAAAUUUUCUCUCAGUUACUUUUGGAAGCUUCGUUAUCAUUGUCAGCCCUAAUAGCUUUGGGGUCUGCUGCGAUUUUGGCAAUUAUUGCUUUGCUUAAACCGAACGCAGCUGUAUCUCUGAAUGAGGUAGGAAUUGUCAUAUAUUUAUAUGAUUAUUCAAUAUAUGGCUUCUUCCUUCAAAAUCUGUGCAAAUGGAAGAUUAUCCUCUGCAUCUUUUUAAAACUUUAUGAAGUCAAGGAACCCAUAACAUUGUACUUUUACUCUUCUUCUAAAACCUCGAUCAUCAUGAAAAAUAUUGUUAAUAAAGCAGCAAAAAUGCACCUUUUAUAUGGGAACUGAAAAGCAAAUCAUUAUAAUUCAUAGCAAAUCAUAUAAUUUCAUUAUAAUUUUACUCAUAAAAAGAGAUCUGUUUCAUAUUAUUCCGCAGGAUGCAGUCUAAAGACCACUGCUAUAUACCAAUCUGAUCAGUAGCGUCUGCUGCAUAGUAUUUUUAAAAAAGUCUGUUGAAGCAAUUUUCAAUAAACUGUUAAGAUAGCACUUAAAAUCUUGAAAUGCAAUGAAUGGCAUCAAGAAUCAAAGAGCAAAAAUUGUAGUUGUCAUCAAUAGCUUUGAUAAAAUCCUUGAUCAAAAGCUUUUGAAAGGGGCACUAUCAAUUCAGGAUAAUUUUUUCAGGUGGAGGCUGCAGAAGUGAUGUGACUUUAAGGUAUGACAGCAACUCACUUACUUUCAAUCCUUUCAUUUCAGUACAAGUAAUACAUUUAUUAGCAAUAAUAGUGACUUUCCUUCUCAUUAAGAAAAUUGUUCAAAUUAUUUUAUUGCUUCUAUUCAGAGUACGGAAAACUUUCUUCUUUCAUAAUUAGCUCUAUGUGCAACAGUAAAGUGUGUCAAAUUAAUAUUUUUAAAGCAUCUAGGCAUCAAAUAUUUGCCAUCAGUAAGAGAAUAUCGUUUAUUGGUAUCAGUCAUGUUUAUAUCUAACAGUAGAUUUAUCAUUGCUUUGCAGUAUUUUUGAUUGCAAAAAAGUAUCUGUACUGAUGGAAGGUGAAAAAAUAACCUCAUGUCAUCUAAAUUAUAACCAUCCUCUCAGAAUAUAGUUUUUUUCACUGUUCACUGUACAGAAGCCCUACGUCCAUGAUGAUUCUUUACAUGCUUUUUUAACACAUCCAUCACCAAGCCUGUUUUGUUUUCCUUUCUGUUUAACUCACAAUAUCCGAUUUAACAAAUAUGUUUGCCAUCCAGAGAUCUGUGAAGAAUUCAACAGAGCAUUAUAAUAUUUUUGAAAUUGUAUAUUGUCAGUCAACUGUGACUAACAUAGCCUAAACAAAAAGUAUGCUGUCAGGUGCCAAUGACUGAUGCGGUCCAAAUGGAAAGUAUAGCGUCUGUCACUGGUGACUGUAACAUGGCAUUCAAGCAUGUUUAAAGACAGCUCAUGUCUUUCUUUGAAUUAACAAAUCCAGUUAUUCUUUGAAAAUUCUUGGUUUCCAAAUUCUUUUGGUAUUCUAAUGCCGUUUUUUCACUUUAAAGGGAAUUCACAGUAUGUUCAUAUUUUUGGCUUAGUAUUGCAAAGUUUUUUCAGAAACACAGUUUCAAUUCUCCUUUUAAAAAAUCGACCAAGAAUCUGAUAAAACCUGAAAGAAUUUCUUUUCCGCCUUUGGCCAGGUAAUGGGAAUAUAAUAGGCAGGUCACCUCUGCUUGUCAUCUUGAUUGAUAGGUGCUAACUGAUUUGAGGAGUUUCUAAAGGGCCGCACAUGUGUACGUAUUGCAGUCCGGAGAGAAAUUUUGGAUAAAAAGGAUUACCUUUUGGUGAACAAAUAAUUAUGUUUGCAGUAUGAGUUUAAAUGUGAACUGAUUGAUAAUCAAUAACUUGUAUAUGUUAUGUGGAAAUAAAUGAAAUAGAAAUUUGUCUUCAACAACAACAACAAAAAAAAAAUCUGAUUCUAUCUUACUAUCCAUGUGACCUGGAUAGUAACUAAGGAGGUUUGACUGUAUUUUCUAAAAGAAAUUAAACUGUUCAGUCGGUUGUAGAUACACUAUUGAUAUCUUGAGAAAUAUUUAUUUUGCCAGUAGUUGACAAUAAUUUUACCAUAGGUGAAAAUAGUAAAAUUCAUGAGGUAAAUGAUGAGAAUCACUAAAAUUCAUGUUUUAGGAUUUACAUGAAAAAUUUUAGGACUUAGAAUUAGCUAAUGUCCAUUCUAAAAUGCACUAGCAUUUUAGGACUUAGAAUAAUGAAAAUUUUAUUGUUGGAAAUUAUGAAAAAAAUUUAAUGAGAAGGUCUAACAUGUACAAAAUAAUACAAACAAUUAAUACAUAAUUAAUAAGCAUUAUAUGAAUGUUAGUCAAACUAUUAGCUGCACUUAAAUGAAGGAAUGAACGUAUAAGGUUUUUUUUUUUUUUAUUUACAUAUAUGUAUACUACCAUUUACAUAAAAGUAUACAUGCAAUUACUGAAAUUAUUUAAGCAUUUACUGCAGUGUAGCAUAAGUAUCUUUAUACCUUGUUCAGAAAAUAAUUUUGAGUUCCUCAUUGAAUUGACACUGCUGCAUUGCAAGUUCCUUUCUCAUAAGUCUGACACAUAGAUAUUGCAGGAUGCGAGAUCUAGUCCUAAUGGUGGCUCCACAUUUCCCACCGAAACUUUUAGGAGUCCUUUGUCUUACAUAUCCAUUCUUGAACAUUGCACUUCAUGCAGUUGUGAUGAAUCUCAGUGAGGGUACACUUUCUUGGCUGUAUAAUACACUUCAUGCAGUUGUGAUGAACCUCAGGGUACACUUUUUUAUCUGUAUAAAACAAAUCCUGGUAUGCAUUUCCAGUUCCAAAUGGCAUGUUCACUGCUGCUAAUUUAUAAGCAUUAUAUCCAUAUUUGAACUGGAAGAAGCAAAGUGGGUAAAAGCAAAACAAGAAAAAUUACAAAAAUGUUCUAAUAAUAUAUUUUGCUAUAUAUCAGACUUGCUGUUAUUUAAUACUUUUUGAUCUUUUCUGGAAGCAGAUUAUCCCCUUCCUUUACUACAAGUUGUUACAACAAAAUUUUAAUUCAUAAAUAAUUUGUUACAUAAUGUUUGUGUGGAAAUGGAGAUAGAUAUAUCCUGAGAGAAAUCAACUUUUUAAACUGAAACAAUGAACAAUUUUUAUUUUCUUCUGCAUGUAUUAAUAUAAUGCAUAGAGAAAAUGCAUGCUAUGGAGACAUUAGUUUUUUUAAGAGAGACAGAAAUGUGAAAAAUCAAUUAUGCCUUCGCUGGAAUCUAAAUAGCAGAUCUUCCAGUUGCUGGUUGAGCAUCUUACUAAUUCAUACAUUUAAAACUUGCAUGGGAGAAUGCAAUAAUUCCAUAUUCUUCACUAGGGGACUGAGAAGACAAAUGGCAUACAGUCAAUCAAAUUCAGGUGGUAUUGAAUUAUCAUUCAUUGUAUUUUAGUUUAGACACCACUAUAGAGACAACAACUUCCCCCCCCCCAGAGUGAGAAACAUGAAAAAUGAACUGGAUACUCAUCAGGGUUUGAAUCAGUUAGGUCAAUGUGCUACCAUUUACAUCCGAAAAGUAUGCAUGGGAAGAGGGUGAUGCAAUGAUUCUUUGUAAAGAUAUCUGAGUUUUGUAAAAAUAUUAAAUUAAAAAUUGUUAAGAAAUUUCACAUGACAAGGCUCAUGAAUUCGGAACAAAUUCUGGUCAACUUGUUUACAAUAUAUCUGGUGUAACGUACCACUACAUUAUUACCACAUUGUUAUACGCCAAAAAAUAUCUGUUUUCAGAUUAAAGUGCCAUUUAGUCAAAUAUAAUUACAUCUACUUUUCUACAAAACCCUGGGAGUGAAUAUGAGCAUGCACAAAUGUAUUUUGAUUUAAAACAAAUACUGUUUCAUUUGUGUAUCCCCCCCCCUAUUUUUAAACAUCAGAGCUAUUGCUGUAACAGCAAUAAUUAUGUUCAUUUUGUAAAUUAAUUAAAUGGUAUGGUAUUUGACUGUAAAUUAUUAAAAAUUGUGUUAUUGAUAAUGUUUUAUUAAAUCUGAUAAUUUAUGCUGAUGUUCAUAUUUCAUAUCAGUGUUUUAUAAUUCACAAAUGUUUUAAUACUUGUUUUUCUUACUCAGUGUUUGUUUAAAUGUUUAUUUUCCUUGUUAACUAAUAUUAUCAAAAAUAUAAUUAUCUGGAAAUUUCACAUAUUCUGUUUUCAUUUUUGAGUUCUAUGCAGCUAGUCAGAUACAUAUGUAGAAAUAGGUUGUAAAAAUAUUGAUAAGUCACAGUAAGGGCAUUAUUUUUUCUACAGAAGCAAAAAGAAAAUUUAAAUUUAAAAAAAAAAAAAAAAACUCUCUCUUUCUUCUUUUCAAUGAUGUUUGCUGAAGGCUAAGAAUUUUCUUAAAAACUCAGUAUUAAUGCAUUUUAGUUAUUAUUUUAAACCUUUUUUUGUUAUAAAAAUUUAUGAAAGUAAAAUAUAAUACUUGAUAUUGAGUUCAAUUGUAUUUAGCUUUGUUCUCAUGUCUAAUGAGACAUUACUGAAUCUGUAGAAAAAAUAAUCUGAAUAUUGCCAAAGUUUUCAUGGAAAUAUUCAUUCAUAAAUUAUUCUAUCUGUCUAUCUGGUAUUAAAUACCUUAGUUUUCAUUAUCAUGUUCGUUGAAAAUUGAGCUUGUAUCAGAAAGAUGGAUUUUUAAAGAAUGAUAUCUGUUUAUAUAUUUCUUAGAAAACUGAAGCUUUUGCUAUUUUUAUAUAGCAGAAUUUUCCUAUAGCUUUGAAAUUAUAAUAAUUAUACGUAACAGUGUAAACUGUGAGGCCUUUAAAAUUGGGUACUUGCUAAUAAUAUUUUGUAAUAAGCUUUAUUAACAUUUCUACUACAUUAUAUCUUCAUUUCAGAAUUUCGAAGUCUUUUAUUUUACCUCUAUCAUAAAAUAAAAUUGAAUGAUACUUUUAGUUUCCAUAGUAAUGUGUUGAUUGCAACCACAUGUAUGUUUUUCUUUUUUUAAUUUAUGUAAGUAGUAAUAUAAUUUAUAUUAAUAUUUUGGAAACUGCAAGAGUUGAUUGUUUAAAUUAUUAUUGGCAUCACAAGUCUAUGUAUAUUUGAUAUUUGAAUUACUGUUAUUUAAAUAGUCUUUAGUCUUUAGGCGUUUCCAUUAUUCUUUCUAAUUGAUCAUAAUAAUUCUUAAAAAAACUUACUCAAAAAUAAUUUCUGAUGUCUAGUUGGUGUCAAUGAGUUUUAUGAGUAAACUUUUCUCUGAAAUUUUGCUAAGUAAUGAUGAUUUUGACAUUUUUGUAAUGGCUUUUCAAUGGGAUACUUCAAUAUGUAAUUAGACUGGACAAACAUGUCUUGAAUUUAAAAAAAAAGAAAAAGAAAAAAAAAUUCUUCCUCUACAGUUUUUUUUUUUUUUUAAACUCUGAUAAAUUAAUACAAUGAUAAUUUUUAAAAUCCCAAAGUUACUGUGCAGUUUCUGAUAGUGUUAACUUUAAAUUAAAUUUUAAUUGAAAGGCCAUUUUCAGUGUAGAUUGAGAUGAUAAAUGCUUUUUAACCAGAAGAGCACAUGUUUAUGUAAAAUACAUAGAUAAGCUUUGUUUAAAUAAAUGUUAAAUAUUUUAACAUGCCAUUAUGAAAGGAUGUGUGUUAUCAUAGUACUGUUCAUCUCUGUAUUAUCUUAGUUAUUUUUUUUAUUAUUGUUUAAAAUAAAAGAAUUUUUUUCCCUCAUGGAA